UCUAACCAAUCAGCUCAGCGUUCGCAAACUUCCUCCUGGAUGUACCGAGGGUUUAUAAACGACAGCCAGGCUGACAGACACAACAGUCGUCUGCUAACCUUGUGCUGUCUUCUGCAAGUACGCUGUAGCCGACACAGUGAAGAGCAUCAACCAAUCAUGAAGGUCCUUCUCCUGUUACUCUUCGUCAUUGGAUUGGCAGCAGCUGAUGCCUGGCCUGGGAGGAUAUAUAGAAGUGCUGAUCCCGGGCUCAAGGCACGUGAAGCAUAUCUUGGAGUGGAUUAUAUAAAGCUCAAGGCACGUGAAGCGUCUCCUGGACGUGCCGCGCGAGCUGUGUGCCUUAUUGGAGCAAUACCAUACCAGUGUUGACAGAAGACGCCAUGAAGGGUGACGAGCGACAAUAAAAGCACCUGGUAAUAAAGCUCGAAAUGAC